UUUUGCGUAGAUGAACGGAACGAAACUUUUCUCAACCGAUAAACCUGUAUUUAUAUAUAUGGUUUACAUAAGUUUACAUUCUUAAAUCCUUACCCGUCAUGUCUAUAUCAUGUUUAUAAAUGGAACGUAUUCAAUUGUGUUAAGGCAUUUUUAUUCCGUAAAACUGAUGGUUCACUUGUUAGAGUUAAUAUUGAUGGAUUAAUCCAUUUACAUUAUAAAAGUCAGAUCAGUGUUCAUGCACAUAUUUUUAUCUCAUAGUAGGAAAGCAUGAUUUAAGAAGUGAAAAAUGUCAAUAAUGUGUGAUUUCACUUCGUCCUUACGUACAAUUAUUGAAAAGAAGUUUGACUUGAGGAAGUAAAAAACUACCUUAUAUUGUGAAAUAGGGUUAUUUUUUAUUGAAGCGCGUCAUCGCAAGAAGUAAAUCUUGAAGAAUUGUUGAGUUAUGAUGUUCGCGUACCGUAUACUGUAAAACAAGUAUAUCAUUUGAUAUUUAGUUUGUCCAUUCAACAAACAACUGAAAAAUAGAAACAAUGAGUGACAGAGCUGGAGUUGAUGAUCAAAACUUUUUGAGGGAGGUUCGGAGGAUUAAUUGUAAGUUCGACAAGUGCGCAAUAGCGUGCUCAGCUUACCUACGUGACGUCACGGACAACGUUGAAAAGUACGCAACGGAAGAUAUAGAAGAAUUACUGGAGAAACUAAAGAAGGACAAGAAAGCGGUGAAAGAAAUGAGAGGCCAGGCGAACACCAAGAUUUCUGAAAUCGAUGAGGUUACAAUUUUGCUUAACGAAGAGUGUAGAAAAAGACAGAAUAAGACAGAAACACUCCGAGUACACAAAGGGCGGGAACAAACCCGAGACAGCGGAUACAGCGGGUCUACAGGUUCGCGAGUACUGCAAGAAAAAGAUAAAAGAAACGCCUGCUUGGAUUUGGACAAGUGCGAGGUCACCACUGAUUCUGAUUUGAGGGGCGAAAUGUCGCUGUCAACAUGUCGAAGAUCAAGCUGGUCUGGUCCAUUUGCCAUGGAUGGGAUGAAAUCUGCAGAAUUCCAUGGCAACCGUUCUAGUGUAGGAGCGUCUGAAAAUGACGAGCUUGCACUUCCAACAGAAGACGAUGAAAUAACUAAGUUAAAAACAGUCUGAACUAGUUGCGAUAAGUGAAGGAAUGGAGGCAUUUCUGACCAACUAUGGGUGUUUGUAAUGUUUUGAAGCCCGUGUGUUCUGAAAUACGACUUAAAUCUGCUUCAAACCAGAAACGUUUACACGUUCACGAGCAAUUCGUCACGUGACUUGAUCUCGGAUAUGACGUUUGGUGACAACUUGUGCUCCUUUGCUAAUAGUCCGAAAACGUAUGGGGUUUUAACGUGGUAUAGUUGUCUUUGCUAAGUCUGUCUUUUCAAGUGUAACGCAUAGAUGUUCGACCACGAUGAUAAAGACAAUUUAAGUGGUUCGCGCAAGUGAAGCUCUCCGCAGUAGUUUGAUCGCAAUCUCAAUUAUUAAAUGCAAAAGCAUGUAAUGAGAAGUGUGCUAUGGGGAGAUAAUAAACUAGUCAAGGAACAGAAUCUUAUGGUUAAUUCAUUCGCUGCAUUUUUCAUAACUAUAAAGGUAACAGCAGAGCGGUUCUUAUUUAUAUUAAAUGAAGAGCAUCUUGAAACAUUUUCCUUUCACCACUACAUCUGACUAGUAUGUUCGUUUAUGGACUAAGUGGUUUAUGUAAGUCUUGAGAAUAUUGCAUGGAUGCUGAAACUUUUGCUUUGUAAAGAACGUUAUAUGAACAUUUGUUACGUAACGUUCGUUGGCAACGAUGUUGCGCGAGAGUGUGGUCUAGUGUUGCGGGGCACACCGUGGUAUUCGGAAAAAACCCGGCUUGGUUACCAACCACUAGGCGUAUGCCAAAGCCGGGUGCCAUGCCAGGAACGCAUUGAUGAGAAGCGACAGCAAGAACUACUGACCUUAAACCGCUAAACUCUCGCAUUACCUUAGUGCUUUCUCUUUGUUUGUAUAUAUCUAUUUUUGUACCCAUGCUUAAAUUUGCAAUUGUGCUUAUCAGUACUACUGGUAAUAUUGUGUACUCAAUCUAUUUCACAUAUUUCUUGUACAAAAUCUUUGCUGUCUACAAUAGUUGAACAAGAAAACAUCUUAUGUUUUUGGAAAGUCUUACCGACUAGUGGAGUAUCAAAUAUGAUCUGAUCAAGACUUUCAGUUUUACGUUAUUCUAAUAAAACAGUGGGGCUAUUGUUACGAGCCAGGCGUAACGAGAAAAACAAAGCCAACAACAAACUUUACAAAAUGCAUUAUGUUAAAGUUACAAUGUUGGAAUACAAUUUAAAUAUCUGUUUUACACUUCCAAAUACUUAAAUAAUUCCAAUCCUGGUUUAUGUCCUUUUCCAAUUUUAAAGUCCAAACAGCUGAAUGUUUUUAUGUAUAAUUUGUAACAAUAAACAUCAUUCUAAAUACAAAGCAAGUGCAUAAUACAUAAAUAAGCCGCCUACAUAACAUUAUAUUUACUAGUGUUUUGGAUCUCCAUCUGACUCAAGAAUCAAAAUUUGCAAAUUUGAUUUUAGUGUUAAUAAUUAGCUUCAGAGGAAGUACACUGCUAAUUGUAGCUGACUUGUUUAUCUAAAAAAACACAAAUCACAUUUCAGAGUCUGAGUCAACAACCUAAGAUCAUGAUUAUUGAUCAUGAACUUAGACAAGAGAUCCUUGUUACCGAUCUCAGACUCAGACACGAGCUCCUUGGUAAAGAUCUCAGACUCAGACACGUGAUCCUGGGUAACGAUCUCAGACUCAGACACGUGAUCCUGGGUAACGAUCUCAGACUCAGACACGAGAUCCUGGGUAACGAUCUCAGACACGAGAUCCUUGGUAACGAUCUCAGACUCAGACACGAGCUCCUUG